GUUGGCUUUAGACUACAAUUCGACUGCGGAGGAAGAAGACGAAUUUGUGUUUCAUUUCAUCGAUCGAUAAUCAUCACCAGAAGAGAGCCAAGCAACAGCACCGGACAUAGCUACAAACAUUUGGAAGCUAAAAAUCACUCCAAAGCUAAGGCACUUUAUUUGGAGAACAGCGUCAAAGGCUAUAGGGGUAGCGGAGAAAUCUAUAAAGACGACACAUUAACGUUAACCCUUAUUGUGCAAGAUGCUGCACGGAUAUAGAGUCAAGUGAUCAUGCUUUGUUCUCAUGCCCGUACGCGGAAACAGUCUGGAGAGACACCGGAAUCCCAGUCAUGGAUUUGUGCAACCCGCAAAUUCACCUUGAAGAGAAGCUACGGUACCUGAUCGAUCUUUCUAAGGAGGGAAAGAUAGAGGAAAGCCUGCGUUUACUACCAUUCUGGGUGCUAUGGUGGCUCUGGAAGAGCAGGAAUGCCCUGGUUUUUAAUAAGGUAACUAUCACCGCCGAGGAGACUCUGGCCCGUGCCGCUGCGGACACUAAAGAGUGGAUUGAAAGCAGGAAAGCCACCAAUGAAGGCCCACCACAACACAUACACUCAUCGGGACGAUUAGAAAAGUGGACAAGACUCGCAAGAGGAUGGGUCAAAUGUAACUACGACGCAGCUCAUCGUGAAGGGAAGGAAGACUCAGGGCUAGGAUGGAUCAUACGUGACUCACAAGGUAUUUUUUUACACAGUGGAUGGGGCAAAUUCCAAGGGAGAGUAAGUGCGGAAGAGGCUGAAUGCACAACUCUCAUUUGGGCAAUCCAAGCAACAUGGGCUUAUGGAUAUCGAACAGUCGUCUUUGAAGGGGAUAAUCUCAACCUGAACGACACCAUUAACAAAAACAAGGAAAACCUCAGGUUGCAACACUACAUCCAAGCGAUCCAGCAAUGGCGAAUGUGCUUUACGGAAACGAAGUUCACUUUCAAGCACCGUGAGCAAAAUAGAUGCGCGGAUACACUUGCGAAAAAAGCGAUAACGGUGAACCAAGCAUGGUGCUUGUAUAAUUCUUGUCCUUUCUAUUUAUGGUCUCUUGUAAACAAUGAUAACUACCUUGAUAACUAAUAAAGUUCUCAGAAGUUCAAAAAGAAAAUAUACUAAAACUAGCCGGAUUUUGGAUCCAGCAUUAGUCGUUAGCGAUUCCAAACAUUCAACUUGUUUUCAUAUUAUCUUUAUGUGAAUUUUAGUAUCUAAAUUUUUAAUUCGAUUUAAAGAAAAUAGUUAUUAAAAUUUUAGUAUUUUUUUUCGGAUUUAUUGAUUUUUUUUUAAUUCUAAAUUUACAUAAAGAUAUAUGAACAUAACCGGAUUUUGGAUCCAGCAUUAGUCGUUAGCGAUUCCAAACAUUCAACUUGUUCUCAUAUCAUCUUUAUGUAAAUUUUAGAAUCCAAGUUUUUAGUUCAAUUUUAAAAUUAUACUAUUUUUAUACGGAUUUUUAAAGGUUUUAUUGAUUUUUUUUAUUCUAAAUUUACAUAAAGAUAUAUGAAACUAACCGGAUUUUGAAUCCAGCAUUAGUCGUUAGCGAUUCCAAACUUUAUAUUUUGCAGUAUUGAAAUUUAGAUUCCAAAAAAGAUUUUUUGUUUAAAUUAUUGAAAACCCUUAAAUUUUGCAGUAUUUAAAUUUAAAUAAUCAUAAUUUUAAUUCAGAAAGUAAGGUUUUUUUUUUGUUUAUUAAAAAUGCUUCUCAAGUCUAACAUUAUAUGCAAAAUUUAUAUUAAUUUAAUAGUUUAUGAUUGUUUAGAUUUUGCAGUUUUUUUUAUAUUGGUUGAAUAUUGGGCAUAUUGAAUAAUUUUGAUUUGAAUCUAUUUGGAUUUUUUUUUUUUGACAUUUCGCUAGCCAGGAAAAAUUAUUUACCAAACAAACCUUAGUCAUUUCUAUCAUCGUAACUUAACCCUAUAACUUUUGUCAAUUGCAUCAUUUAGCCCACACGACAAAACUUGGUCGUUUAGCCCAUAAACCCUAGAUCCGUCUGAGCCGCGAACUAUCCUCUCUGCACAUCAAUCGGGAGCACGAAGAGACAGAAA